AUGAAGAAAUUCGCCGUCAAAGAGUGGGCUGAACUUAUUUCAGAUCCUAUUAUGUUGAGAGGGCAAGAUCAACGUAAUGGUCAGGAAAUAGAUUUGAAAAAUGAUGUUUGGACUGUUAUUGGAGCAUGUGGUACAAGCGAAAGUGCAGGAAGUCCUGUGUACUUUAAUACCAUUGUUGGAUUUAAACAUCGGGCGACAGGAGGAAAUUUACACUCUCAUGGUAUGGAUUGUGGGACAACACCAAAAUCUAACCAUCAGCAAGUGACCAUCUGCAGAGAUAUAAAUCGUGACGAUGAUUGGCUUAUCCGACGUUAUAGUCCAAAUGCUUUUUAUGAUGACUCGGAUGAUGGAACCCAAGAAGUUUCUUGUUAUGGAAAUGGAAAUGACGAAAAUAAUAAGUGGCGUAUUGAAUUAAUUGAUUGA